CAGUAAUUUACUGUAAUUGAGCACGCGAAAUGCAUUCUGGGAUACAACACGUCACACGCGCAUGCGCCUCUUACUCGGCGCGGAGCAUAAAUUCUUGCAAAAUUUCGAGUGUCAGAUCGAUAAGAAGUGCCGUCGGAACUGCUGUUGUUUUGAAUUCAACUUUACGUCUCCGGUCAAGUACACAUUCCCUGUACUUCUCGUGGAAGCUGCGGCUGCAAAAGAUGAUGCAAACCUGCAUGAUGUAGCAUCUGGUGUGCUGAGAGGGUUGCAGAGCCUGUUUAAAGAAGGGAAUGACUCCCUUUUCCUCAUCCGUGAUGUUACAGAUACUGCUGAGGACAUGGAGAAAGAGGGAGAUGCAUCUGAUUCACCCAAACUCAUAAUCCAAGGAGACCCAUUUGACUCGGCCAAGUCCCAGUGGAUGGUCAUGGUUGAAAGCAGAGUUAUUGGCCAUUCAUCAUCAACAACUGAAGGCUUUCUUUGUGGGGUGGCAUACCUUUUUGCCACCUAUUACAACCUCAAUUUGGAAUAUCCAAGCACGGCUGCAGCAACACUGGAGUUCAUUCAGAGAUGUCUCCUCGGAAUAAGCCCUGAUGGGUCGAAGUGCCAUGCGUCGAAGAGUCACUGCAACGCGAAAGUAGUGUCAUUUGUGCGUCGGUUUGCUGAUUUCCAGUGGCUUUAAUUUCCUGAUUUGUACAUUUUACCCCAUCAUCUAAAAACAUGUGAUUUUAUAUAUCACCCAAUAAUACUAUGUUCGCUUGGUCACCAUCCUCUUGAAUAAUUGGUUGAGCUUUGUCUGACCAAGCAACUACAGAGUUUAUGCCCAAUAUUGCAUAACAUGAGAAACUUGCUGAAAUAGAUUGUCGACAUGCUAGUUAUGAGAGAACAUUCAUUUGAAUAUGCUAUUAAGUUGACAUUGCCCACAACUUUAUUUUAGCCGUUUCUCAAAUCCAGGUCAAGUAAGAGUGGGGGAGGGGUAAAAUUCAUAUAGAAAUUGUAAAUGUAAAGGGGUUUCAUACUUGGAAAAAUAAAGUUAAGAAUAUCUCCUUACAACCGAAUUUGAACCAUACAAAAACAUAGAUAUAUGGCACUACACACUGUUUGUAUGCCUCCGCCCACCAAAGGUGGUGUCGGAGGCAUUAUGUUUUUGUGUUGUCCGUCGGUCCGUCUGUCCCACUUUCGUUCUCGCGAUAACUUAAAAACCGGUCAACAGGUCAACUUCAUACUUUUUGACUUGAGGAUACAUAUCUGGGCGACAAUGAGCUGAUAAGUGUUUGGGUCCAAAGGUCAAAGGUCAUAGAAUUCACUAAAAUACAUAAGAAAUAGACCAUUCUUACAAUAACUCCAAAACCCUUUGAUAGAUCAACUUCAAACUUGUCUCGUGUGUAUAUGUUAAAGUAACAAUGAUCUGUUCAGAUUUUGGGGUCUCAAGGUCAAAAGUCAAGGUCAUUGAAUACAAUAAAGUACAUAUAACAUAUACCGUUCUCGCAAUAACUCCAAACCAUUUGACGAAUCAACUUCAAACUUCGCUCAUUUGUGCAUAUACAAGUGACAAUGAUCUAUUAAGAUUUUGGGUCUGAAAGUCAAAUCUCAAGCUCUCUGGAUUCAAUCAAAUGCAUAUAUUUGCUUUUUUGAGAAACAGUUAUCUGACUAGAUUUUGAAGUCACAAGAUCAAAGGUCUUGAGGGUUUUUUUUUUCUUUAUGGAAAUAAAAACUAGGAAAUAUAUUUCUGGUAUGGCAGUAGCGGAGGCAUCUAUUUCCAACAUUCGUGGUCGAAAAUUCAUCUUUAGUUAGGAUUAACAUUGCUGUAAAUCAAUUUCGAUUUCAACAUUGUGCUACAUUAUAUAUAUAUGUAUAUAUAUAUACUGCGUAGUAAGCGCUUGGUCAUCAAGAUGUUGACAAAUAUUGCAAUAAGCUGUUUACUGAGAACGAUGUAAACUUCUGUAAUGUAUGUGGCUUUAACACAGCCUACCAAGGUGGAGUGAGAUUAUUAUUAUAUUAUUAUUACAUGAAUGACACAGUGAUCUCCAUUAUUGCAUAUCAUGCAUGGCUGACUGUUAGCCAUUUUUGUAAAGAGGACCAAAUUAUAUCAAGAAAUUCAGGAAAUCUUAAGGUGAUGUAGCAAUUUUUUGUUUUCUUAUAGUCAGAAAAGGAUAUUAAAUGUAUCAGAAAUUCCUCAAAUGAAAAAGCAUGUGACAUUUUGAUUACAUUUCAAGAGUUUCUCAAAAUAGCAGAUUUGCAUGAUGUAGUACAGAAAAAUUUGAAAAUUGUAGAUACUUCUCACAGAUUGACAUUUUUCUUCAUUAUGAUUACUGAGGAUUUACUACAUUGUAUUUUGUUGUUCACAGAAUUAUAACAUUUUCAUACUUUCACUUUCGCAGCUGUUCAAGUGUCACAGUACAAACAUUACUUUGGCAAAAUUGGAGGUCAUAUUUGUACAUGUUUGUUCGUCAAAUAUUCAUGUAAAUAUUAAGUAUUUGCAAUGGUAGCAAUACUCUCAUUCGGGUUCUUUCUUGCCAGUUUCAAUAUCAAAUUGAUAGUACUGUUAUAAGAAACUUUAUUUGUGAGGAAUAUUGUAUGCAAUGUAAUAUUAUUGUCACAAUUUAAUGUAUUCAUGGCAGUUAAUGUAUUUGUAUGCUUGUAAUAUAAAUUAUUGGUUCAGUGUGUGUUUAGGACUAUUCAUUAUUUUGAUAUAGGAUUGAAUAAGGUUUUCUGUCUUAAUAAGAUUUUUGGGAAUAUGUAUAUAUAAGAAGUUGACAUACACUUAAUUUUUUAUCAAUUAAUAGUAUACAUGUAAAAUUACUCAUAAGUGAGAAGUUUCACUUAAAAAUUCAGUUUUCUUCUGGUAGAAGCAUUGUCGUCAGGUUACCAUGGAGUAAGCAUUUUGCGUGUUACUACGGAUAUGUGGAUGUAAGAGAUAGAGAGUCUGUGUGUGUGCGUGUGUGUGUGUGUGCGUGUGUGCGUGUGUAUGUUCAUCCAGUGUUCAUCCAAGGUCAGCUGAGACAAGCCCUCCUAGAAGGAAGUUCACUUUAGUCAGAUUUGUUUUCUUAAAGAAAUUGAAAGUUUGCCAUUAUUUCAGGCAGUAGUUGCAUAAGUGAAAAAUUGCUUUCACUUGUAAUUGAUUCUAAUGGGUUAUGACUGAAUAUUUGAAUGAUUAUGGUACCCUUCAUGUAAAUGGAUUGCUUUAAAACACACCUGUUCAUUAAUGUACUCUCAUUUAAUAUACAGUGGCCUGAAAGUUUGUGUAAGGUUAGCAAUUACAACUACUUUAAUGCAUGCAAGGUGAAUUUUACUUGUUGAAUAGAUUUAUUUACAAAAUGUUUAAGUCAACUGAAUUGCAAACAGCAGAUAAAGUAACACCAACCAAAUUUUAUGGUUGUUCUUACAACCUUUGUUGCUUGCUCUGACAGGUCCAACAAAUACAUAAAGAGUUUAUGCAUGCAAAAAGGAUGCCACUUAUUGUAAUACCAUUCAGUACAUGGUAAUUACCUAUUACCAAAUCCAGAGGAACAAAGUAUUCAUGAAAUUUGACUACAUUAGUGAACAGGUCUGUAAUGAACAUCAGCAUUCUUAGGACAUUUCUGUGUACAUAGUUUCUGUAUAAUUGUCAUCUUUGAAAUUUGAUUAUGCAACACAUUCUACUUGCCAGCAUUUUGCCCAUGAUCCUUACAAAAAUUGUACUGUUUGUGAAAUAUGGCAUUGUCAGUUCUACUGCAUGUUAAUGCAAUAAAGACUUUUCAAAGUUUCAUUCAAAA